GUUGCGCUACUGUAUAUACUGUGCUUCCGUUUUCCGUUUGCUCCUUCAUUAGGUUCUGUUCAUAGUUUCAUUGUUUCAUAACAUACCACGUGGCGGAGUUCUGAAGAACCACUCGACUGUACGGUCGCGUUUCGGGUAAUCGUUAUUGUAUAUUUUUGAAAAUGUUUCCGACUUUGACUGAGCCCCUACAAAUUCAAUUUUAAGACGUGAUCUGGCCGUAUCGUUUUCCUUUUUUGUUGUUUGGAGGCGGGAGCCAUAAGUUAAAAAAGGAGAAGAAGAAGAAUACCACGUGGCGGUUUACUUUCAUUCAGAUAAAAAAGUGCUUGUCAGUCAUCCACUCUUUAGAAAAAUUAACUCACUGUGAUAACAAUGGAUUCUUGCAAAAAGUGGCAUUUUACAUUAAAAGAGGAAAAAAGAUUAAGGCUGAAAAGAAAAGAAUGGCGCAUCCAACAACAGCAUUAUAGAGAACAUGAGAAACAUAAGUCAAGAAUGAUUAAAGAUUUUGAAAGAAGGAGAGAAGCUGAACUAAUAAAAAACUCUGACAAAGAAUCUUUACAGCAAAGAAACAGCAGUAAUCCACAACGAAGAGAAAUUAGUUUCCCUGACCAUAAGCAUUCUAAAGAACGGAAAACUGUUAACAGUCCAGAAGGCACAAUUAAACAGGAAGAUCUACAUAAAAUUAAAAUAUCUAUACAUGGAAACAAUCUUUCGACAAAUCAUUCUUCAAAUAACAUCGAAUGGGGUAUAGAUCCAAAUGAUGUAAUUCUUCCGAGAAGACAAAAUGAAGGUACAUGCCCAAUAUUCAAAGGUACUGAAAUAAAAAAAUUUGAAGAGAUACGGAAAAUCACUUUUUUACAAGAUAAGCAAUUGGAAAAAGAAUUAUCAACAAGUAAGAAGAAUGCUUCCACAAGCAGAAGUCCUGUUAAUAAUAUAAUUCAUCAAGAUUGUGAUUCUAGCUCAUUCAAGUCAAGUAUGUGUCGAAAUGAUCGAAUAAAUAAUGAUGAUAAUAAAAGAUAUAAUCACGACAGAAUUAGGCGACAAAGUUCAAUAAGAAAAAGCGAGGAAAAAGAUAAAUGUAGAAACGAAAGGAGAAACAGAAGUUCAUUACGUUAUGAUAGCGAUAGUGCACCUUUCAGUAGAGAUCGGUCGAAAUCUCGUUACAGAAGUCGUUUACCGAAUAAUGAACGAGGUAGAGAAAGGAGAGACAAUAACGAAAGUAAAUUUUCGUCUAGAAGAAAUUCUGAUCAAUCACGCGACUUAGAUAAUCAUGCGUCUUCGAAGUCACACUUUUCCUCGGAUAACUUAUAUAACCCCUACAUACGUUUACCUGGACCUAUGAUGAUCCCAAUACCUCGAAUACAGGCACCACCCAUGCUUAUGCCUGUCUUUCCAGUACUACCUCCACCAUUUCCACCGACAAAUAUGUAUCAUUGGCAGCAACCUUUCAGAUUUGUCAAUGGCAGUCAAAUUGGAAUCCACAAUAAUCGAUACAAUGUCCAAAAACGCUUUUAACUUUAAUAAUACCUUUAACACGAUGACUAUUCAAUAUAUUGAUUAACAAUUAUGUGUUUUACCUAAAUUUUAAUUGUAUUUUCACUAAAAUAG